AUGACUGGGAAAUCAAAGUCAGUCAAAAACAAGAGACUCACCCCAGUCAGUCAAAAACCAGAGACUCACCCCAGUCAGUCAAAAACCAGAGACUUACCCCUGUCAGUCAAAACCGGAGACUCACCCCAGGCAGUCAAAACCGGACACUCACCCCGGGCAGUCAAAACGGAGACUCACCCCAGGCAGUCAAAACCGGAGACUCACCCCAGGCAGUCAAAACCGGACACUCACCCCAGGCAGUCAAAACCGGACACUCACCUCAGGCAGUCAAAACCGGAGACUCACCCCAGGCAGUCAAAACCGGAGACUCACCCCAGGCAGUCAAAACCGGACACUCACCCCAGGCGGUCAAAAGCGGAGACUCAACCUCAGGGAGUGAGUGAACAGUCAACUCCAAGAGACGAUCCGGAACAGAAGCAAUCGCACUCCGUCUAG